UACGCCUGAUGGAACAGCCUCCUAGUUACCAGCUCAAUGACUCUAACCCAGCAGGAUCAUAGCCGAGCUUCUGCAGUCCUGCGAUUUGGGCAUUGCCAGAAUGGGACCCCUCAGUAGGAAAGAAGAAACCGUGUUUAAACCCUUAACUGGGAAAGAUCCUUUUAAGCCAAUGAAGCCCUCCAAGAAGAGAACGGGGCAGUUGAUUAUGCACAGCACGGUCAUGUUUGGCCGCGAGUUCUGCUACGCAGUGGAAGCGGCCUUUGUCACCCCCGUGUUGCUCACCGUGGGCCUCCCCAAAAGCCUUUAUAGCUUCGUAUGGCUUAUCAGCCCCAUCCUAGGAUUUCUGCUGCAGCCGGUGGUGGGUUCGGUCAGCGACAACUGCACUUCUAGGUGGGGCAAGCGAAGACCUUUUAUCUUCAUCCUUGGCCUCCUGAUGCUCCUGGGGAUGAGCCUGUACCUGAAUGGAGAUGCAGUCAUCUCAGUUCUGGUUAUUGACCGAGGCACUUGGAAGACAUGGGCUAUAAUUAUUACCAUGCUGGGAGUCGUGCUGUUUGAUUUUGCUGCUGAUUUUAUUGACGGUCCCAUCAAGGCGUAUUUAUUUGAUGUCUGCACUCACCAGGACAAGCAAAAGGGGCUCCAUUAUCAUGCACUCCUGACAGGUCUUGGAGGGGCUCUGGGAUACCUGACAGGGGCCAUUGAUUGGGGAGCAACUAUUUUGGGGAAAUAUUUAGGGUCCGAAUUCCACGUGAUGUUCUUUUUUGGUGCCCUCGUGUUCCUGCUCUGUCUUACGGUGCAUUUGUGCAGCAUCCCUGAAGCACCUCUUGCCCACACCAGUGACGAGACUGAAGUCCUGGUGAAAAACUCUCAGGCUGAUCAAUAUGGGGCCAUAGAAAGUGUCAAGAAUAAUAGUGAAUACGGUGAAAUGCAGAUUUCACCCAAAGAGGAGAAACUCACCACAAAAGCAGAUAUUCAGGUUCAAAGGCAGAUAACCAUUAUGUCUCUCCUAGAAGCUCUUUUACACAUGCCACCUCACUACCGCAGCUUAUGUCUGAGUCACUUGAUGGGAUGGACAGCUUUCCUUUCCAACAUGCUCUUCUUCACUGAUUUUAUGGGACAG